CAGCCCUUUGUUCCGCCGGGGAGCCAUGGCCGGGGCCGGGGGCCCAGCGCGGCGCCUGCUCCGGCCCCGCCAGUCGCGGGGCAGCGAGGAGGCACCGGGAGAGCAUCUGGCCUGUCUGCAAAAAGCCGAGGAGGAGAGGCAAAGCGCGGAGCUGCUGAAACAGACUGAAGCUGAGCGGCAGAAGAUCAUUGCGGAGUGGAAGGAGCUGCGAGGGUUUCUGGAGGAGCAGGAGCAGCUCCUGCUGUCCCAGCUAGAAGAGCUAGCCAGAGCCAUUGUCAAGAGAAGGGAUGAGGGCGUCUCCAGACCGUCUGGGGAGAUUUCCCUUCUGGGAGGGAAGGGGCAGCAGCAGCCGAGGAGCCAAUCCCCACAGGGUGCGGGAUGCACUGAGAGCAGCAGGGAGGAUGGGCCGUUUCAGAAGCCAGAGCCGGGGUUUGCGGAGCUGGAGAAGAGACUCAGCGAUUUCUCUCUGAAAAGUGCCAUCCUGCAGGAGGUGCUGCUGGGAUUCAAAGAGACUCUGCGACUGGAGCUGGAGAGCAACACAGCAGGUGAUCGGGCAGUGAGUGAGAACGAGGAGGAGAAUUCUCAGCAGGGAGAUACACAGCACAGGGAACCACCCGGGAUGUUUCCAGAAAGAUCUGAAAAGAACGUUCACUGGAGUCGUGAGCGGAGAAAAGGGCAUGAGAGUCAGCACUGGCCAGAGGGGCAGCCGGGAAAACAGCCGGGGGAUUGUCGGGGAAGUGGCAAGGACCUCCAGGAAACCGCAGCCCAGCAGAGAAUCCCCACAGGAGAGAGAAAGAACACCUGCACUGAGUGUGGGAAAACCUUCAGUAGCUGCUCAGCUCUUAGUACACAUCAGAGAAUCCACAUGGGCAAGACACCCUAUAGAUGCUGCGAUUGCGGGAAAAGCUUCAAUCGGAAAUCGCAUCUUAGUAGACAUCGGAGACUCCACACAGGACAGAGACCCUUUAAAUGCUCCGAGUGUGGGAAAAGUUUCAGCGUGAGCUCAAACCUUAUUGCACAUCAGACAAUCCACACAGGAAAUAGACCCUUUACAUGUUCCGAGUGCGGGAAAAGCUUCAAUCGGAACUCAAACCUUAUUACGCAUUUUAGAAUCCACACGGGAAGUAGACCUUUUACUUGUGCUGACUGUGGGAAAAGCUUCACUGACAGCUCAAACCUUACUCAGCAUCAGAGAACCCACGUGGGGGAGAGACCCUACAGGUGCUCGGAGUGCGGGAAAAGCUUCACUCGGAGCUCAGACCUUAUUAGACAUGAGACAAUCCACACGGGAGACAGACCCUUUAAAUGCUCCAAGUGCGGGAAAAGUUUCAAUCAGAACUCGCACCUUAUUACACAUCAGAGGAUCCACAAGGGAGACAAAAACCACAUGUGCACGGAGUGUGGGAAAACCUUCAGUAGCCGUUCAAGCCUUAUUACUCAUCAGCGGAUCCACACAGGAGAGCGACCCUAUAAAUGCUGUGAGUGUGGGAAAAACUUCACUCGUGGCUCAACCCUUAUUACACAUCAGAGAAUCCACACAGGAGAGAGACCUUAUGGAUGCUGUGAGUGCGGGAAAACCUUCAGUCAGCGGUCACAUCUUAUUACUCAUCAGAGAAUCCACACAGAAGACAGGCCCUAUGAAUGCUGUGAGUGCGCAAAAAACUUCAGUAUGAUCUCACACCUUAUUAGACAUCAGAGGAUCCACACAGGAGAGAAGCCCUAUGAAUGCUGUGAGUGCGGGAAAACCUUCAGUUACCGCUCAGGCCUCAUUACACAUCAGAGAAUCCACACAGGAGAGAGGCCCUAUGAAUGCUGUGAGUGCGGGAAAACCUUCAGUCAGAGCUCACACCUUAUUACGCAUCGGAGAAUCCAUACAGAAGACAGGCCCUACGAGUGCUGUCAGUGCGGGAAAACCUUCACUCGACAUGCACACCUUAUUAGACAUCAGCAGAUCCACACAGGAGAGAGACCCUAUGAAUGCUGUGAAUGCAGGAAGAACUUCACUCGGAGCUCA